AUUCCGUUAUAUGGAACAUCUGUUACGUCCAAGGAUUAUAUGACUCUCAUGAACCGUAAGCGAAGAACGAUGAUCGUUGAAACGUGUUCCAAGGUCUACCGGAUGAAAAGUCGGUUUCAAGGCGGCCUGAUAUUGUACGAGGAGGAUCGUGAUGCCGCGGCGAAAUUCUUGCUGAAUGCCAGGUGAAAUGUCAGUCGAUGCACCCACGUGAUUCGCGGCUAGUCGGUUACCCGUCUGCUCGCCGGCUACAAUAUUAAAAAGCUGUCGCGCUAGUCUUGUGCCAACUCGUGCCUGAUUACAAACCGCGUUCACGCAAUAUUUAACAGCAGGAAAUCGGUUGUCGGUCAAAUCAUUUAUAUAUUAUACACUAUACCGUUAAACGCAUAAUCACCAUUAGGAAUCAUUGCGCGCGUCUCGAGUUGGCAAGUGUUUGGCUUAUUAUAUAUUUCGCGGACAAGCGUUGAUUAGUCUUUGCUUUUCGUACCGUAACGAUUGCACGACUUGUCCGUCUUUUUACUCUCGUAAUGUGUAUCUCGUAAUUUGCGAUUUUGAAGAAUUAUAUCAGAGUAAAAUGGAUACCAUGGACGAGUGGUUUUGCGAUGAGGAAUCUACGCUCGGUUACGACGAGGCUUGCAUCAAUCUACGAACGAACGACAAGGAUUCGAACGCCUGGCUCUACCUGCUCUCCGCGGAUUGCGCGCUGAAAAUGAUGAUUUCGUUGCAGUGCCCGUACACCAGAACCAAACAGAUCGUAUCGAAUUUAUCUUCCAGCGUGAUAGUCGAUACAGUCAGAUCCACGAGUUUCAGAAUUUUGGAUGCUGAAGAUCCUAACGAGUUUAUAUCCGCAAAAAAUACCAGCGACGUGAUCUGCGAGCUAACGCCGAACUUGGGACAGUACGGCGUGUACGAAUUGUCUGUACAGAAUCGAAGCUGUAAUAUAAAAACUCUGAAUACGCCAACUUAUCCUUACACAGAACUUCUCGUCAUUUUUGGGGUGUUGAUACUCGUUCUAUUCGGCCUUUCUGGCUUAAAAUCGUUGUGGAAUGUAUUCAAGAAGAAAUGUGUGAAACGUCAAUUGGAUGAUACAACCGCGAUGAAACAACCCUCGAAACGUCGAGUGAAGGCGAUCGACACCGUUCGAGGGGCCAGUACGUUGUUGAUGAUAUUCGUGAACGAUGGAUCAGGUGGUUAUAGGAUCCUUGGCCAUGCGACAUGGAAUGGAUUACUUCCGGGUGACUUGCUGUUUCCCUGCUUCAUAUGGAUUAUGGGAGUGUGCAUCCCCAUUGCCAUGGCCGGUCAGAUGAAACGCAUGCUGCCGAAACAUAUGAUAUUCUAUGGAAUCGUGAAGAGAAGCAUCCUUAUGUUUUUAAUUGGAUUGUCUCUGAAUACUGUAAGCACUGGUCCUCAACUGGAAACUAUUCGCAUAUUUGGUGUUCUCCAACGAUUUGGCAUUACUUACUUCAUCGUUGCCCUGAUAUACUUGUGCUUGAUGACAAGAAAACCCAAGAAGACACAAUCUCCAAUGUUAAAAGAAGUGCAAGAUUUUCUUCUGCUUCUUCCUCAAUGGUGUGUAAUGCUGGUGAUUGUGGCUGUUCAUUGUUUCAUCACAUUCUGUCUGAAAGUUCCAGGAUGUCCCACUGGUUACCUUGGUCCUGGUGGUCUUCACGAUGACGCAAAAUAUUUUGACUGCGUGGGUGGAGCAGCGGGUUACAUCGACAGAAUGAUACUCAAAGAAUCUCAUUUGCAUCAUUCAGCUACAGUUUAUAAAUCUGGACCUUAUGAUCCUGAAGGAAUUUUGGGUACUCUCACAACGACAUUCCAAGUUUUUCUUGGCCUACAUGCUGGCAUAAUAAUGAUGACUUAUAAAGAUUGGAAAGAACGCGUGAUAAGAUGGUUGACAUGGGCUGCAUUUUUCAGUUGUAUAGGAUGCAUUCUUCAUUUUACCAAUAUAAUUCCUGUUAACAAGAAGCUGUGGUCAUUAUCAUUCGUAUUCGUGACAACUUCUUUUUCUCUGGCCUUUCUCUCAGCUUGUUAUUUACUCGUGGAUGUCAUUAAAGUAUGGAACGGUGGACCUUUUCGAAUUCCUGGCAUGAAUGGUUUACUGUUAUACGUCGGCCACAUGGUAUGCUAUCAAAAUUUUCCAUUCCAUUGGAGCAUCGGUAACAUGGACAGUCGAGCAUUGCGUUUAUGCGAAGCCAUUUGGGGUCUUGGAUUAUGGACUAUUAUUGCAUAUAUCAUGCACAGGAAACGCAUUUAUAUCACUCUGUGAUAAUCUACAUUUCAUAUUUUACUAUUAUUAGUAAAUAUUGUCAACGAUAUUUCAAAAGAAAGCUAUUUUUCAAUUUUUUAUGUAUUUAUUCUUACCUUGAUGAAAGAUUCUGUAUCAAAGAGAUAGACAGACUGAUUCGAAAUGAAGAUUAAAAUGAACUUUACAAAUAA